GCUGAUUAGACCGCCCCGAGAAAUCGACGGAAGCUCUGUACAAAGUAGCAGAGCUCUCUUCACUCUGGACGAAUACGCGAACUUUCCACGGAUGUCUUCGCAGCUAAGCGACGUGACCAGCGCGAUGCACAACACGUAUGAAGGAGAGAAGCUGAAGCUGAACAACAGAAAGAAGCCUAACCUAAUGAUGGUCAGGGGCACUCCCUUUGCGUCGUACUUCCAUCGCGAGUACAUCGAGUCUGCCAUGGACUACGUACACCGCCAGGGCGACCUGUUUAUCGUAACCUACGUCAAGUGCGGUACAACGUGGAUGCAACACAUCGUGUACCUUAUCCAAAACGGUGGCGUGCCUCCGGCUAGUGCCGUAGAGUUCUACAAGGCUUCACCGUAUAUCGAGGUCUGUGGCGCUGACUGCGUGCAAUGGGUGAAGAGGCCCGGUGCCGUCAAAACCCACCUUCCGCUACAUCAAGUGCGCUACUCACCCGAGGCGAAGUACAUCGUCGUUAUAAGGAACCCAUUCGACGUCUUGGUGUCCAUGCACCACUUCUUGUUCAUGAUAUCCGCUUACGAGUACGAAGGCAGCUUUGACGACUCCUUCGAGAACUUCAUGGACAAUUACAUAGAGUGCGGAGACUACUUUGCCUUUUACCGAGACUGGUACGAACGCAGCGCCGAUCCCAACGUGCUGUUCAUGGUCUACGAAGACGUAAAGAAAGAUCCGGAGGCAGCCAUACUUAAGGUCGCCAGGUUCCUCGGGCCGGAGUACGAGCAACGCCUGCUGGUCAACGACGGCAAGGUCCUCAAGGACGUGCUGAAGUACAGUAGUUUCGAGGAGAUGAAGACGCACACCAACGACAUGUUCCACGACUACUACGCGGCUGAGUUUGCCUUGCAGGGAGAGGCGUACGAAGGCCUACGUAAGCUUCACGAAAUCGUGCACAACGCGCGCGAUCGAGAAGAUGGACACGGCGCAUGCGCGGACAAAGUCUACUACGUGCGCAAGGGCGUGGUCGGAGACUACAAGAACUGCUUCUCUCCCGAACAGGUGGAGAGGCUGAAGCGGAGAUUUCAAAAGGAAACGCAGGGCAGCGGAAUCGCUAACCUGUGGCCGGAUAUGGGAUUUCAUGAAUGAGGGAAAUGUUCUGCGAUCACAAAAAAAGUUGCUGUACACAUGCAAAAACGUUUAUAAUGUUAUUACGCUAUUAUGUUAUUGUGUUUAGCGUUUAUUGUUAUUGCUCUACAUAUUGUAUUUGCUAAUGUAUUAAUUUUCCGUGUUGCGUACAUAUUCCUUUCUUUAUACCGAUGUUUCUUUUUACCGUUUCCAUACUAAUAUUUUAUCGUAUUUCCCCCCUUACACAAUGCCUUCUGGAAGGCCUGUAAGGUACAUGUAAAUAAAUAAAUGAAUGAAUGAAUAAAAAAAUAAAUAAUAAAUAAAUAUAGAAAUAAAUAAAAAUACGAAGUGUCAGUGCGACGUCCAUUGUGUCGACACAAAAUGAACAACGCUUUUCGUAUGUCGCAACAGCUUAGUGGGCACGGUUUCUUAUCGCACCUUCGCGUAAACACUAAGUCUGACCCCGGCUGGCCUUUCAAAUAAACCAGUCGUACGUGCACUGCGCGUGACCCGUCGCUGUAUUCUACAGCCCCCGUUUAUUAGGUGCAUCGCGCGUCCCGUCGUACGUGUGACAAACAAGUGCUCGGCAAGCCUCGUACCGACGUUCGUAAACAGUGCUAUGACGGGCAAUUUUAGGAAACUUCCUUUGCUGAAUCUUUUUUGCUAGACUGCUUCAGUAACUGACUCAAUGGCAGGAACGUCAGCGAAUGGCGUCUAUAUUUAUUUAUUCAUUUAUUCAU